ACGCCGAAAAAACGAGACUUCAGCAGGAGAAUCUUUGGGCUUCUCGAUGUACUUCCAAUCAUAACUUGAGCAAAGUCACACAUAAAGGAUGACAAAGCUCCAGAUGAGCAUGCGGGUUCUUCGCCGCGCGCCGAGUCUUCGUCAAAGCUCUUCGCUCAGUGUACGAUGUCCCGUCGCAGAAACAGCAACUUCACAGCAUUCGCCCCGAGACGAAGCGAAUGAGCCGGUUCGACCCUUCGAGGAGAUCCCCGGCCCACAACCCUUGCCGAUCGUGGGGAAUAUAUGGAGAUACAUUCUACCGUUCGGUGGCUUCGAUAUCACUAAGAUGCACUUGAACGCCGCGAAAUUAAAGAGAGAGUUCGGUAAUUUGGUGCGAGAAAAAGUUGUCGCGGACCGGACUUUGGUGCACGUUUUCGAUCCACGCGACAUCGAGACAGUUUUCCGCAAUGAGGGCCGGUAUCCUACGAGACUGAGUCAUCGAGCACUGUUGAAGUACCGCGAGCAGAGACCAAACACCUACCGGAACGGAGGAGUAAUCCCGACGAAUGGAGCAGAAUGGGCAGAGCUGCGACAGAAGUUCCAGAUGCCCAUGCUCCGCAAAGAGAGUUUAGAACUUUAUCGAGACGGACUAUUCGACGUGGCGGAUGAUGUUCUGGAUAUCUGCCACGAGUUCGGCUCGAAGGCGGAGAAAGAUUUCGUGCCGACAUUGUACGUUUGGGCGCUUGAAGCAACAGGUCUACUUGCCCUCAACACCCGACUUGGAUGCGUGAAAGCACCUGAGGAUCCAUCGAGCCGUCAGCGGAGACUCAUCGAAGCGGCCGCUGAGACCAACAGGGUCAUAAUGCUGACCGAGAACGGGCUACCCUUCUGGCGGUACUGGGACACUCCAACUUACAAGAAGCUCGUGAGAGCUCAGGACACGAUGACAGUAAUUGUCAACCAGUACCUGGCGGAGAGUGAACCCGAAGCCGAUAGCGAUGAGUCCGCGACCGUACUCCAGCAAUUCCUUUCUAUGCCAGGAGACAAGCGCGAUGUGUAUACGAUGAUCACGGACAUCUUCAUGGCUGGAAUCGAUACGACUGCGUACGCCAUGACCUUCCUGCUGUAUCACCUGGCCGUGAACCCUGAGUGCCAGAAUCGACUCCGCGAGGAACUCCGAGCACUCUUCGAUCGGGUGGAGAAACCGACACUGAGAGACUUAGAUGCAUGCUCAUAUCUCAGAGCUUGCACCCGGGAGAGCCAUCGGCUCCUUCCUGUCGCUCUCGGAACCGGUCGAAUUCUUGAGAAUGAUAUCACUUUAUCCGGGUAUAACGUACCGGCAGGGACCAUGAUCGUCCUCCACAAUCAAACGACGUCGAGAGAUCCUGAGCACUUUGUGGAUCCCUCCGAGUUCCGGCCGGAGAGGUGGCUCCGGGUCGGAGGGAGCGAGGAGUGCCGUGGGAACCAUCCUUUCGCAUAUCUCCCCUUCGGUUACGGUCCGAGAAUGUGUAUCGGAAGAAGAUUCGCAGAUAACACGAUAAAUGUUCUCAUUUCAAAGAUGAUACUCGAAUUCUCUAUCGAAUAUCGUCAUCACACACCGAUGGACUGCUUCACUAAACUGAUCAACGUUCCGGAUCAGCCGCUGAAGCUGGCGUUCCUCAAAAAUAAAGACCUAAGUGCAAGAGUUCCGACACUCGCUCACACGGAGAUCGCCAUGCUCCGACCGAGGUCACCUUUCCUGGCGGGGCCGCUGGUCCGCUUGUCGGCGACAUCGUCGAACUCACCCCCGAUCGCCGAUUCACGGAGGGUCAAUGACAGCCCCGAGGAGCAUCUCUCACAAGGUCUGGCGAUGAUUGCUCGAGGGAUGUCCGAAGUCAGUCAGGCUCUAUUGAAGUAUGGCCUACCAGCGAGCUCGACAUCUCCAGCGUCGUCGUCGCCGCGAACCGUUCUGAGUAGAAUCGAUGAAAUUUCUCCGAAGGACUCCUUCGGCCUGAACAAUUUGUGCGUCGUUAUCGAAGGCCUCCGUCAGCUACUGGAAAUGACAAUCGAGUACAAUCUGAGACAAGCCGUAGGCACUGCAUCUCGGAAGGAACCGAUAAAAUCAAAUGAGAUUCUGGUGAAAGCAGUGAACGACACGAAACGAUUCGAGACGAUUUCCAUCAAGGACCCGGGUCUUGGAGCGGCUUCCAAAGCGAAGAAAGUCCCGGCGACGAGAUUCCGGAGAGCUCUGACCUACGGAGGACUUUUCGCCGGCCUCGGAGUCGGAACGGCGAGCGAGGUUGUGCGGAGACUGACAUCGAACGAUGAAGCUAAGAAACCUUUUCUGUUGAGUCAGGCCAACGCGAACCGCAUUGUGGAGACUCUCUGUCAGGUUCGGGGUGCCGCUCUGAAGAUCGGGCAGAUACUCAGCAUACAAGACAGUAAACUCGUACCGGAGGAGAUAUCUCAACUAUUCAUCCGGGUCCGAGACGCGGCUCAUUACAUGCCCAAAUGGCAACUCAACCAAGUUCUGACGCGCGAACUAGGAGAAAACUGGAGGGAGAGGUUCGACAGCUUCGAUGAGAUGCCUUUCGCAGCGGCGAGCAUCGGUCAAGUUCACCACGCAAGUUUCGAGGGUCGAGACGUUGCGAUCAAAGUGCAAUAUCCGGGAGUGGCGCAAGGAAUUAAUUCUGACAUCGACAAUCUCAUGAUGGUUCUCAAGGUUUGGGAUAUUCUGCCGCGGGGGUUCUUCAUCAACAAUCUCGUCGAAGUCGCUCGCAGAGAGCUCGCCUGGGAAGUUGAUUACCAGCGCGAAGCCGCGGCAUCGAAGCGAUUCAAAGAAUUGCUUCAACACGAAGAGGUCUUCAUGAUACCCGAGGUCGUCGAGUCUAUCACCACUAAGAGAGUGUUCGCGUCCGAAUACGUCAAGGGCGUCCUGCCCGUCGAUCGUUUGGAGAACGCGAGUCAGGGACUCCGGAAUUAUGUCGCGAAGAAUCUUCUGCGGCUGACUCUGGAAGAGAUUUUUGUUUAUCGAUUCAUGCAAACCGAUCCGAAUUGGUCGAAUUUCCUCUAUCAGCCUGAGACAGAGAAGAUCAUCCUUCUGGACUUCGGCGCAUCCCGAGGAUACGAUGUCGCCUUCAUCGACCUGUACAUGAAAAUCAUCGAUGCCGCAACACGCGGCGACGUCGACACCAUAGUGCGCCACUCCAAGGAAAUCGGAUUCCUCACGGGAGAAGAGGAGGAGCUCAUGAUCAAGGCUCAUUGCGACGCCGUGCUCAUCUUGGCUGAGGCUUUCACCGUGGACGAAUUCGACUUCGGACGUCGGGAGACCGAAGAGAAAGUUUCUCAACUAGUGCCCAUUAUGCUCAAGCAUCGGCUCAGUCCACCUCCGGAGGAGAUCUACUCGAUUCACAGGAAAUUGUCCGGGAUCUUCCUCCUCUGCGCGAAACUGAAGGCCAAGUUUGAUUGUCGUCAACUCUAUUUCGAUAUACUUGCGAAUCUGAAGCACAGACGGGAAGCCGUCGAGCCCAUACUCAGUCGUGAAUUGUGA